ACAAAAGUUGAGACAUGAACGAAAUGCCGCGAGAGUACGCAGCACAAUUUAUCAGCCUGUAGAAUUUCAUAUUUCAUCACUCUUUUCGUCUGCGAGUUAAUAAAUAUUUCCAGGUUUGAAUUAAAUACGCUGAUUAUCAUCACAAACUAGGUUCCCACUUAUCUAUUCAUUAAAAAAGGUCGUAGAAUUUUUAACCAGUGGAUAGUUUGCCAAUUUAGUCACGUGGAAUAAUAUUUUUCAACUUUCAUGAAACUUGAGAACAAUACGUUUCUAAAACCUAGGGGGAAGCGAAUUCUAAAACUGAAUUUUCGUCCAAUCAAAUAAAGCAACAACAUGCAGCAAGGUUCCGCACAAGAUGUGACCUCGAACGAACCGGUCGUUCCGAAUAAGUCAGCCAAGGAAUUAAAUCGAGCCAACUCUCUGACCUUUAUGAAUUUGCGUCAAGAUUUUAGAAAUGAUUUCGCCUCCCGUGUUCUCCAACCGGUCGAUGUCGCCCCCCGCAUCGAGGCCAUGGUCACCGCUGCGACAAACGCCAUCUUCGAGGAAGGACGGAACAUUAAUUGGAUUUUAUAUGAACUUGUCCGUGCCGUUAAAUCAAAGCCGUUGAGUACCGCGGAAGCGCUGACUUUCAUCUGGAUCUAUGUCGGCACGGCGGAGACCGUGGCGAAGAGAAAUGGACCAUUCGAUCUCCCCCGCGUGCUCGAUAGUCAAUUGGGAUGCUUAUUUACACGAGCAGUCUCCCACGAUAAGGAAAAGAAUAUGCCACACGUCGCCCAUUUGUGGAGGACGGCGCGUCAUUUUCAUCGCCCAAUGGCAGAGUUUCCUUUACAUGAGAGAAUUCUUAAGAAAGCUUACGGUCGUGGCGUGGAUUUGGACAAUGUGCCGACUCCGGAGGCAGGAGUGGUACAGCUUUUUGAAGAGAUGUCACUUUAUGGCGACAACGUGGAAGAAGACUGCGUAGGAACAUUUCCUGGAAAGAAAAUACAAGUUGCAAAAUCCGUGAAACCAGAGGCGAAUGACAACUCAACUCAAGAAAUUGGCACUUCUUCCUUGAAGAAGUGGAAACCGCGAUACCGAAAUCGUCAAAAAGUUAGCCAACAAUUGGACCAAGAUAUCACUCCAAUUGCGAUUAUGGAGCCAUGGACUUUUUGCUGCUGUGUCGAUUCUCCAGAAAACGUUGUCCCCGGCAAAGAAUCUUCUCAAGAGACUGAGGACAAAUCAAUCAAGCCGGGAAACGUAGAAAUGCCAUCAACAUCGAAAUCACGUCUUUUAGAUUUUUUCCAGCAACAAACAUCGAACAGUCCUGCUGCCAAUGCCCCCAAGAAUAAAUCGGAUUAUUAUUUUCGUCUCUUCCUCACAAAUCCGGGUGAGUACAUCAGACUGAAUCCGACCUUGUUUCCACCCAGUGAUGCCGCUUGGUCAGCUAAAAAAUUACUUCCGGAUCAAGAGACGAAAUCAAAUCCUGUGGAUGAUGACCCCAUUUCGGAAGUCGCUCAAACUCCGGCCGACUGUACGGAAACUCUGCUGAGUGUGGAUUUUACGCCGGACGAGUACAUCGCCCAGCUCAAGGCGUCCAAUUAUUAUGCUCAUGGCGUUAGAAUUGUCGAUGGGGAGAGAAGGCUCGUCGUCUAUCAUAAGAUCAUAAAUCCUUCGGGCAUUAAGAAAGAGCCGAUUUAAAUUAACGAGGGUGCAAUGAUUGUCACUGAUGUAAAUUUGAUGUGGUGUGAUGGCCAAUUUUUAUUUUUCACUUAAGAAGUAAGUAAUUAUGCUACAUGAUCGAUGGGGUGAGAAGGGCCGUUAGGUUGAGCAAAUUUAUAUUAAUGUAAAAUCAUGACUCGUGAUUUAUGAGCAAGGAGUAUGUAUGUAAAUGCAGUGCCCUUACUAGCCUAUCCCGGCCCUGGGAAGUUUUCCAGGCCCGGCCCCAUUUAAUAAUUGGCAUUUAUGUACCAUAUAUAAACCAUAUGAUGAUGAUCAAAUGCCUUUCCAAUUAGUUAAGCUAUAACUUUGGCGGUUUCUCUCGGAUUUUCAAAAUUUGGUGCUGAAAAUGUUCACAAAAGUCGAAAUUAUAGGGGAAAAUCAAAUAAUCGCAAAAUUUUUGAGGUAUUUUUACGAUUUUUCCGACAAACUAAAUUUUUUGAAAAUUUUAUUAUAUACGAAAGUUGACUUACUUGUCAUGAUUUUAGUCAAGAAUUAUGAAAAUCCGUCUAGGAUUUCCAAGUUAUGGCGGUUUUAAAAUUAAAACCCAUCAAAUUUGUCGAAUUUGUCGGUACGCCACGGCGCCAAAUAUGAGUUUCACACGGAAAUAUGAAUAGAUCGUUCAUCUGGGGUCCUAGUAGAUUUAAAAAAAAACAUAGUCAGUACCCUGGGCUCAAACGACAGGUCGUGUGGGUCCCUUGUUAGUAUUGAUAUAAUGUUGCACCAAUAUGUUGGAUUAAGGCGACAAAAUAAAUAUCUAAUUUUGAUAUGAUUUCGGUUUUUCAGGAAAAAUUGAAAAUUAUGUAAUUACUUACUUAUUCCUGAAAUUCUGCACCUUUAGUGAAUUGAUUUUUCCAAUGGUUUCGCAGCAUUUUUAAUAACCGAUAGUUCGAUCUCAUCGGUGCUUCUACGUAAUUCCAAAAUUUCAGUCCUCUUUUGAUCGAUUUUCCCAAGUCAUUCGCACCGUUUGCAUUACGGAUUGUUCGAUACCAAUGGCUAGACCGCUAUUGUCCAUAAUUAAAGUGUUUUUUCUUAGAAUGAAUUUAAAUUCACUAAAAAAUUCGUAAACUCACAGAUGGACAGGCGAAAACUCAAUAGCUCUUAUUCUAUGCAAAUCAAGCUAAUAAUUGCAACAUGAAUAGAUAUUUUGAUCUCUUCGGUGGGGCCAAAAUGGUGGAGAAAUAUUUGAUCAUAAAUAAUACCAAGAUUGAAUUUUGGCUCAUCGUUAUCAUUGCAUAAUUUCUUGACUUACUUGUUAGUAAUUUUAAAAUAUAAGGCAUGACCUACAUACUUCCUUCUUACAAAAUGAGAAAUAGGGUUAUACACAAAAUUUUCUGAUUUCACAAAUAAAGUAGCAAAUUCUAGAGUUUAUUUCAAAGCAACUAUUCCAAAUUAUUGUUCAUUUUGGAUGGACAAUGUCGAUAGCAUAUGGCUCAUUUGUCUAUGCGACAAUGCUGUAUGAUUUCUAAAAAUUUUGACACAACUAUAUACGUGUGAUAAUCAACAUGUCCGUGUUGUUAAAUUAUUUAUCAAUGUCCUGGCAAAUUUCGGAGGGUAAAACAGCUUAUAGCUUUCAAUGCACAAUUUCUAGAAUUAAUAAUUUAGGCAAAUCAACUAAUUACUACUUUUGGCUCACGCUACAGCGAACGUAAUAUUUCGCCAAAUUCUACGUAAUAUUUCGCCAAAUUUCAGAUUUUUGACUUAACUUAUAGAUUUCAUUUGAGAGUAAGAUUUAAUAAUAAAGAUUAAAGAAAGUGGGUAUGAUUUUAAUGCACGUACCUUAAUUUUAAUGUUAAUUUUAAUAUGACAGGUCUUUAAUAGGUUAAGGAGUGUACUGCUUCUGGUGUCGAACCUUUCAACAAUGCUUAAUAAAAACUUAAUCAAUCGGUUCAAA